UAUGUUCGAUUAUCCAAUGAUACCCGUCCUAAAGAUGUCUUAAAUUUACUAUCAAAGCAUUGGAAACUUCCGACACCUCAUCUUGCAAUAUCCGUGGCAGGGGGCACAAAAAAUUUCACACUCAACAAACAGGAUCAAGACACAUUCAAUAGAGGGCUAAUAAAGGCUGCACAGACUGUGGGGGCUUGGAUCAUCAGUACAGGUGUCAAUUGCGGAGUUCACAAAGCAGUUGGUGGAGCUGUCCGUGAAGGUCAAGCGAUGAGAUGGAUUUCAAACAAAGGUCAAGCAAGGGCACCAAUUCACUGUAUCGGUAUCGCACCUUGGAGUUACGUAGAGAAUUGGCAGUCACUUGUUGGCAGGAAAGGAGAGGGACUUUACCCAGCUCAAUACAAGGUGAACCCCAUUGUGCAACGAGGUAAGCCGGUCUCAUUGGAUCCACAUCACACACACUUCUUGUUGGUAGAUGAUGGAACCAGGAUGUACGGUUGUGACAUUGAGUAUCGUGCGAAACUAGAGCAGGCGAUGAGAGCACCAAAAUUUGCUCAAAAUGAACUUGAGACUGGCUUAGGAAUACCGGUGGUGAAAGUGUGCCUGGAGGGUGGUAUGGACACCAUCCUUGCCACAAAAGAGGCUGUUCUACUCAAGACUCCAGUUGUCUUUUGUGAGGGAACCGGACGAGCAGCCGACUUGCUUGCUUUUGCUAACAAUAAUUGUGUUAUCAUUGAUGGAGUGAGGAAAAUCAAACCUUCUUUGCAGAGUACUGUUUAUGGAAAGAUACACAGUGUGUGUCGCAUAAGUGAAAAUGAUCAUAUGAUACCAAGGCUAAUAGAAGCUAUCAAUGUUAUAAUGCAACAUGAAUCAAUGGUGAGCUAUACCCUUUGUAUGAUCACUACAAUGAGUGUGAUGAUUACACUAUG